CGUCUGUUAUUUUGACAUAUUUUUUCUAUAAAUUAUAUCUAAAGGCGCGGAAGAAAAGACAUGCCGGCAUGUUUUGUGCCAUCAAAGUAUUUGUAAAUAAUUAAUUUUGUGAAACUCAGUUUUUGUUAAAUUUUCCAUAUGAAGAAAUGGCCGGUACAUUAUUUAUCGUCUGCAUUCCGACAGGAGAUAAAGAGGAAAUAUUGAGAAACAACAGCCCAAAAUUGUUCAUCAACAGAGAACUUGAACAAUUUGUUCUACAGACUCAGAAGGAAGGAACAGCCAACGAAGCGAUAUGUCUUGACAUCGAGCAAGAUGAGCAUAUUACCGCAUCGAAUGAGAGCUUCCACAAGAUUAAAGCGUUGUCAAAAACGAAAAGCUGCGAUGACAUCGUUAGAGAUGUAAACCACUUGCAUGUCGACGACACAAAAUUAAAAUCUCGACAAUCUUUGGAUGAAACCAGAACAAGGAGUUGCGAAAAGGCAAAGAAAAAGUCCCGGAUUCACAAUGAACCACAACUGCACAUUCCCAUUGAAUCAUCCAUGGAAUUGGUUUUAACUAAAAUUUUGCAACUAUUCCGAAUCGAUAAUGCUGCAUGGAAUCAAAACAAUGACAUGUACAGCGUAACGUUUUCAUUGUCGAGCGGUGGACAGCACGAUCAAAUCUUAAAAUUGUUCAAACACUGGGGAAUUGGCGAAAGACCAGGUUCAUCUGUAGCUAUGCUACCCUGUACUGUGAUUCUACCUACAAAAUCCAAUGAAAAAGUGGAAGAUGAAGUUUUCUCGGAAGAAUUGUUCGCCAAGGACUCCGGUAUGUGGGACGGAUUCGUGAAUUCGGUGAAUGCGAGAAUGAAUGUCGCCAAAAUCGUUGACGAAUUGCGGCAGAAUGCAGCGUUGACCUUCGAUUUCGUGGUUUUAAUUGUCAUCGCUGGAAUCAUGGCUGCAUUUGGCCUCAUCGAAAACAGCAUCAUCUGCUUAACGUCCAGCAUGCUAAUUUCUCCACUAAUGGGUCCACUCAUAGCCGCAACAUUCUCAACGGUUAUCAAAGACAGAAAGCUCAUGAAAUUCGGCGUCAUAAACGGAUUGGUUGGAUUGUUUCUCGCUACUCUGGUCGGAUUUUUGUUCGGUUUAAUUGUGGGAAGUGUCGAUGAACGAUAUGGCGUUGGUGAUGGAUUAGGACAGGAAAUACUCUCUCGAUGUGAGAUUCAUUCGUUAGUAAUUGGUGCGUUCACUGCCAUCCCUUCGGGAGCUGCUGUUGCCAUUGCUAUUUUAGGCGAAAAUAUUGCUUCGUUGGUUGGAGUAGCUAUAUCUGCUUCAUUACUUCCACCUGCCGUGAAUGCAGGACUUUUAUGGGCGCUGGCCUUGCUGUUUAUGGUACACAGAGACAAUGAAAAGAUUUACAAUUCAGUGAUCAAAUCGACGAUGUACUCAGAAAAUCAAGCUGUUGAGUUGGCUAUUUUAGGAACAAUUAGCAUGGCAGUCACAGUGAUCAAUGUUAUAUGUAUCUACGGUGCAGGCAUUCUAUUUCUGAAAAUUAAAGAAGUUGCGCCAAUGGUUUCCAAGAAUCAGCAGCAAUUCUGGAAACACGAUGUUAAAGUGGCUCGCGAUUACAACAAAACUCUUGGCGCCGGCGAAGGAGUAUCUCUAAAAGAAAAAGUCCUCGAGGACCUGGCUGAAAUCCAAGGCAAUAACAUUAGGACAUUGAACAGCGAACGAUAUUCGAAUCAGCACACAUGGUCGCCGAUGAUGAGAACAGGUGCGAGAACGUCACGGAUGCCCAUUCAGGAGCUUGAGAAACUUUACAGCAAUCAAACGGAUAAUAAAGCCGCAAGACGACUCAAUCGUGUCGGUGUCCUGGGCAAAAGUAUGAGUAUGAGUCCACCGCAGUAUCAACCGCUGAGGAACGAUAUGGGAAAUAAUGAAUUUCAAUUUCCGAAUUCUCUGCGAAAUUCUGGUUUGUCGUCAUCAUCACAAUGUGCAUCGCAACAAAUUCUAAGUAAAUCUAAAAAUAAUUCUGAACCGAACGAUAUUGCACGUACAUCGAACAGGGAGGCGAUUCAACGUCAGACUAAGUCAAAAUUUAUUGUUACACGUGCAGUUGAUCCGCUUAAGUUCGAUGAAAAUUAAAUGCAAAAUUGUACGCUGAACGGAAAUGUAAAAAGGAUUUUUUUUGUAUGAAAAUAAAUAAUUGAGAGAAACGUA